AGGAGAGCCUGCAAAGCAGCCUGCUGGAGGCUGAGCAGCACAUAUGGGAGCUGGAGAUGGCCAGGAGCCCUGUGGAAGCCCAAGUGCACAGGGCCAGGCAGGCCAAGGAGGCGAUACUGGAGGAUGUGAGGGGCCUUCGUUGUGAGCUGCUGGCUGUAAGAGCUCUCAGCCAGCAGCAAUGUGAAGACAUGGCUGAACAGCUCCGCUGGGCACAAGAACAGUGCUGCAAGGCUCUGAGACUCUGGCAAUCUGCCCAGGAAGAGGAAAAAAGGAACCUCAUGCAAAAACUGGAGAGACAACUGGAAGAGCAGCAUGUGGAGGCACGGAAGCAGCUGGAGGAACGGGCAAACUUCCUGGCAGAGGUGCUGCAGGAAGAGCAGCGUCAGAAGGCUUGUGUCAUCCACAAGGUGUACCAGCUGCAGAGAGAGCUGAAGCAAAGUGAGCAGCUGAGGCAGAAGCUGAAUGAGCAGUGGCAGAAUGAGCAGGUCAUGCUGCAGGCUGAGCUGCAGGAAGCUGAGAGAAAGAUGAGGGCAAUGGAGAAGAGGCACCAAGAGGAAAUGGAAAGGAUGCACAAGGUCCUGCUGCAGUACAGGCUGGCUGAAGAAAAGCAGGUGGAUGCAGGAUCUGCCAUCGAAGCUGCUGGUGCAGCAGCAUCCUGCCAAGAAGCCUCCUCUCCACAGCCUGAAAACCAGAGCAUGAGCAGCUCGGCCCGCUCAAGCCAGGAGACAGAGAAGCAGUUCCUGAAGCUGCUGAGGUGUGUGGUGAGUGUGGAAGAUCCAGAAAAGAAGUACACUGGAUGGGAACAUCUUGGCAGUGGGGGCUUUGGAGCUGUUUAUAAGGCCUUCGACACUGCCACAGGACAAGCGGUGGCUGUAAAGGAACUUUAUCUCCAGCACCAGGGCUGUGAGGGAAUAUUAAAAGAAAUCCUGCUCAUGAGAGAAAAUAAGAACGCCAAUAUUGUCAGCUACUUAGAAAGCUACCUUGUGGAUGAGGCUGUCCUGCUGGUGUUGGAAUAUAUGGAUGGAGGCUCCUUAGCUGAUGUGGUCACCGUGAGAAGGAUGGCUGUAGGACACAUAGCAACAGUGUGUCGGGAGUGCCUGCAAGGCCUGGCUUUCCUUCAUGCCAAGCAGGUGAUCCACAGAGACAUCAAAAGUGACAACAUCCUUCUGGGCCGGGACGGCUCCGUCAAGCUGGCUGAUUUUGGCCUCUGUGCUGUGCUCAGCCCUGAGCACAGGAAACGGAGGUCGAUGGUCGGGACCACUUACUGGAUGGCACCCGAGGUCGUGAGAAGAGAGCCUUACGGCCCCAAAGUGGACACCUGGUCCCUUGGCAUUGUGGGAAUAGAAAUGGCCACAGGAGAGGCUCCUUAUAUGCAGGAGACCAGUGACAAGGCCAGCUACCUGAUAGGCAAGCAAGGGGUUCCAAAUCUGCACCAGCUCAGGCUACCCCCUGGCUUGUGUGAAUUUCUGGGCUGCUGCCUGCAGAUGGAUGUGGACAGGCGAGGCUCUGCCAAGGAACUUCUGCAGCAUCCAUUUCUGCAAUCAGCAGAGCCUCUCUUAAGCCUCUUCUGACAGCCUGAUUGCUGCCAUCCCUGCAGCAAGGGAAUGCAGGAAGCAAAGGAAAUGAGAAGGACCACGUCAGCACUGGAGAACAGAGCCUCUGAGAGCACGUAGGAAUCCAGAGAAGAGAGGGGCUAGGAAAGAGGGAGCCAUCAGAGCAGGAAAGGAAGGAGCUGGAAGGGCAGCGUUUGGAGGCACAGUAGCUGCUGGCACCAUGGGCAAACUUCCUGGCAGAGGUAGAGAAGGAGCAGGAGAAAAGGCUGCUUGAGAUGAAGCAGGAAGUUGCCACCAUGCAAGUGACCAAGAAGAGAAAAUCAGCUCCAUCUCAGAACCCCACCAACACCAGUCAAGUGACAUCUCUGGGACCUUCUGAGAGAGACGCUCCAGCAAGACCUGCUCAGAAACGGCCUCUGGCUUCUGAAUUUAUCAGUCCUGUGAUGAGGAAGAAGAGGACAAUUGGUCACUGGCCCAGUCAUGUCCAGGCAGCAGCUGGUGGCCACUUUUCUUCCUUCUUUCUGCCUUCCACAUCCCUUUGCUUUUUGGACAUGCUUCCAAGUUUUGGCUCCAUUUCCCCCUGCACUCAUGUGGUGCAAAAACGAGAGAAAUUUCAGAGUUCCAUCAUCCCAGCACCUGCCAGAGUGCAGAGGAGAUCCCCAAUUCAAACAGGAAGAAAAAUGAAUUGGGAAGACUGAAGCAGUUGCAUCCCUUGGAUUUCGAUGAAGGAACAAGAAAAGAUCCUUCCAUUGCCUCCACAUGCUCUGCAACAAGCAACCAAGCAGACUACUUGAG